AUGAAAAAGCCUCUAAUUUAUUUGAUAAUACUUUGUUUCCUAUCUUUUAAAGCUGAUUGUAGAGAGCUUGUAUCCUACAACAAAGCGCUAAUAUUAAAGAAGAAAAAGAAAAGGAGAUUAAGACGCAAGUUGAGAGUGAUUGAGUUGCAUGACAGAGAUCAUUGA